AUGUGUGAUAUCAUUGAUGAAUCGAUCACUCAAACAAAUCGAAGUCCACCAGAAAGUGAUCAGGGUAGUUCAAAAAAUGAAAAUGAUGAUCAAGGGGAAAUUCUUGAAAAUCGAAAAGAGAAAGAGAGCUCAUCGAGUGCUCUAACAACUCCGCGAAGCCCGCAAAGUCCACAAAGUCCACAAAGUGUUCUAAGCUCACCAUUAGAAGUCGAAAAAGUGACAGAUGAGGGUGAAAAAAUUUCCGAUUCUUCAGUAGAGAAAGAGAAAAACGAUGAGCUAAGAGAAAGAGAUAGAGAAGAAGUGGAAAUGGAGAAAAUCGAAAUUUCGGAUGGUGAGGUGACGGACAGUAGUGAGAAGAUCGAAGCAACGAGAAAGGAACGCAAAAAGAAACGAAAGAGAAGCCAGUCACCGUUGAGAAGUCGAAGUCGUAAGCGUCGACGCCGAGCGCGCUCAAGUUCAAGCUCGAGUCGAGGCACAUUUGAAGGUUUCGUCUUGCCCAUGCCGGAUGAAGAAGAACUUGAUGAUGCUCCGUUUAAAUGUGAUGAAUGUGGUCGAGGGAAGCUUUACACAAUAAAGGAAGUAGCCGAGCACGAGAUUCGUGCUCAUGACGCUCGAAUCCCAUGUAUGCACUGCAGCAAAGACAGCGAAUCGGUGACCAAAUUAGCAUCUCAUAUGCAAAAUCGGCACCCAAAUGAGCCGGUAACAUGCCAUUUUUGCAAACAAGAUUUCGCCAAGAAAAUCUCAUCAGCUUCUAAAGACGAUUGGGAGAAUUUUCGGAAACAUGUUUAUCAAGAGGUGUUGAAGAAGAAAAUGUAUGUGCACGCGUCAAAGGAUUCGAAAGAUAGCGAUCAAGUAGCGCUUCGUGGAGUCGGACGGUGUCCGCAUGGACGACCCGUCAAAUGCAAAAAUUUCCCCAAUUGCCCGGGUGAUCGCUGUAUCUAUUUGCAUGGUUUGUGUCGAUUCGAUCGGGCUUGUCAGAAAACAGCUUGUCCUUUUGAUCACUCGAAUCGACCAAGGACCUGUAUGGCGUGUUUGAACGAUCUCAAGGGUGGUCGUCUUCAUGGAAAUCGUAGUCGUCAU